CAGUUGAUGGCGGCAAUGCACACAGGAUGUAAACUGCCAGAAAAUUCAAUAGAAGAAGAAGAAGAAGAAGAAGAAGAAGAAGAAGAAGAAGAAGAAGAAGACAUGGCGGUCCAGCAGUUUCUGUGUAGGGCGGAGUUGAUAAAGCAAGGCGCCGAGGCUCGUGUGUAUCGGGGAGAGUUUUUGGGAAAGCCAACAAUCAUCAAAGAGAGGUUUCCUAAACGCUACAGACACCCAGAGCUGCACGACCAGUUAAACUACCGGAGAACAGUUCACGAGGUCCGCUCCAUCCUGCGAUGCCGACGAGCAGGCAUCUCAGCUCCAGUUGUAUAUUUUGUGGAUUACAAGUACCACUGCAUCUUCUUGGAGGAAAUUGUUGGUUCCUCGACUCUGCGUGACCACAUCAACUCUCUUUACCAAUCAAACCCCAGUGUGGACCCAGGUCUGCAUAAGCUAGCUGAGCGAAUUGGCCAGGUUUUGGCAAAAAUGCACGAUGAAAAUGUCAUCCAUGGUGACCUGACCACCUCAAACAUGCUUCUGAGGGGUUGUCCAGAGGACACUGAACCUGAGCUUGUGCUCAUUGACUUUGGUUUGAGUUACAUUUCAGCUUUGACUGAGGAUAAGGGGGUUGAUUUGUUUGUUCUGGAGAAGGCUUUCCUAAGUACUCACCCCAACUCGGAUGUAUUGUUUGAGAAGCUGCUAAAAAGCUACAUGGCAGCAUCUAAGAAUUCCUCAGCUGUCAUUAAAAAGCUUGAUGAAGUACGACUGAGAGGGAGGAAAAGGUCAAUGAUGGGAUAAACGUGUGUGCAUAGACAGUUCUUUGAUAUUCUGCUCAUCUGUAUGUUAAGCAGCAAUGAAAUAAAGCUGUGUAAU